AUGAAAUUUGCAAUAGCGUUAUUAGCCUGUCUGGGCUUAGCGGUGGCGGCCUCGAUUCUACCACAAGUCAAAGUUGCUGACAAGGAUUUUUUGGAAAAACAAAAGUUUCUACUUGAAAUUGUUUAUCGUGUGACGGAUCCUUUGAUGUUUGACGAAUGGAUUAAAUUGGGCAACACAUUUGUUACUGACAGAUCCUAUUAUAGCCACUAUGAUGAGUAUAUGGAAAAAUUCUGGGAGUCCUUUAAACUGGGAACAAUUUUGCCCAGAGGAGAAUUUUUUGGUGCUCUUGUUGCCACACACCAUCAACAAGCAUGGGGACUCUUCAAUUUCUUCUACUUCGCCAAGGAUUGGGAAACAUUCAGGCAAAAUGUUUGCUGGGCUCGUAUGCAUAUUAAUGAAGGCAUGUUUGUGUAUGCCCUUAGCAUGGCGGUUAUUCAUCGGGAGGACUUCAAUGGCUUGGUUUUACCGGCCAUCUAUGAAAUCUUCCCACAACACUUCUUUAACAGUGAUCUUAUUCAUAAGGCUGAGAAAUUCGACUACAAUGUUUGGAAAAAACUAACCAUGUACGAACAUGAAUAUAAGGAACAUUUCGGUGGCAUGCAGAUGAUGUACAAUCACAGCUAUUAUCACGACAAUGAAUACAUGAAGGUGUGGCAAUGGUGGAAGCAAAUGGGUCUAAAGAAAAACCAUUGGUAUGCUGAAGAGAACUUUAUGCUACGUGAAAAUAUAAAAGAGUUUAACCAGGACGACAAAUGGAAUAGCCUGUUGAAGGAUACACAAAUGUGGUGGAUGCCCGUCGAUUAUACUCGUGAUAUUGAGUUCUACAAUCGAGAAUCUGCUCUCUCGUAUCUUACUGAGGAUUUGGGCUGGAUGUCAUUCUGGUAUUAUUUGAAUAUGGAUCAAGCCUUCUUCUUGGAUUCAGACACCUUUGGUUCGAAUGGUCGUCGCGGAGAGUUCUGGCUUUAUGCCGUCCACAAGGUUAUGUCUCGUUACUACAUGGAACGUUUAUCUCAUGGCUUCGGCGAAAUUCCUGAAUUUUACUGGUUGCAACAAAUUGAGCACGGCUAUAAACCUCAAUUGGUGGCCUACAAUGGAAUUGGUUUCAGCUACCGGCCCAACUAUUACGAUUUCAAAACCUAUACAAACCUCGAUAUGUUCAACAAAAUCCAAAACGCUUUCCAACGCAUCUAUGACAUAAUCGACAUGGGUUACUACCGAAUGCACGAUGGUCAAAUUAUUGAUUUACGUCAUGAAAAUGCCUUGGAGCAUAUCAGUAACUUGGUACAGGGUAAUAUCGAUGUUUUCGAUAAGUACUUCUUCAAUUACUACUACAUGCUCAGCCAUAUGUUCAUCUCCCAGGUUGGCCGACAUGAUGUUGAAGUUAGUCCUAGUGUAAUGCUCAAUUUUGAGACCAUGGUUCGAGAUCCCUAUUUCUAUAUUUUCCAUAAGAAAAUCGCCGAUGCCUUUUUACGUUUCAAAGGCCAUUUGAAGCCAUACUCGAAGAAUGAACUUCUGUUUACGGGAGUUGAAAUCGAGGAAGUCCAGAUAACUGAAUUGGUUACAUAUUUCGAUUUGGUGGACUUUGAUGUGACCACUUUGUUAAAUGACAAAAUGAUUUUCCAUGAUGGAAAAUUGGUAUGGAAUAAAGCAUUGCUGGCUAGACAAAUGCGUCUAAAUCACAAACCCUUCCGCUUCGAUUUGUCAAUUUCAUCGGACAAAAAACAACAGGCGUUACUCCGAGUAUUCCUUGCCCCAAAAUAUGAUGAAAACGGACAACUCCUUGCCAUGGACGAGAACCGUGAAAAUUUUCUAACAUUGGGCAAAUUCGCUAUUGAUUUGAUACCUGGCAAGAAUAAAAUUAGCUACAGUUCCGAUGAUUUCUAUUGGACUCAAAAGGAUCGUUCAACCUAUACUGAACUGUAUCACUAUGUGAUGAUGGCUAUGGAAGGCAACUACGAGUUUCCAUUGAAUACUAGGGAAUCCUAUUGUUUGUUCCCAGAUCGUUUGAUUUUGCCCCGAGGUUGGACGCAGGGUAUGCCAAUGAGAAUGUUCUUUAUGGUAACACCCUACGAAAUUACCAAAGUGGAAAAUUCUUCCCAUAUAACCUCGUAUUCAUGUGGUUUUGGUUACGGUGGACGUUUUACUGACGAUAAACCCUUGUUUUAUCCAUUCGACCGUGAAAUUUCUAUGAGCGAGUUCGAUGUACCCAAUAUGUAUUUCAAGGAUGUGAAAAUCUAUCAUGAGGACAAAUUUGAAAAGUACAGCGAAUCACAGCAUCAGAUGGAUGGAAAAUUCGAUUACACAUUUUUAAAUAAUUACUACAAGAAUUAG